CUUCCUGUUUCUUGUAUCCCUCUUUCUUUCUUUCCCUGUUUCUUCUUCUUUCUCUCUCUCUCUCCAGAUUCUAUCCUAUCACACCCUCUUCUUCCCAAUAUAUUUUCAAUUUCAAGAACCUAAAAGAAAACGGCGCAACGUUCUUAACUUCAACACCCAUUAAUAAUAAUCUGCAUUUGGAAUCCUCGUUCUGUUUUCUAUCCUUAGCCAUUGGAUUUGAUACCCAACGGAUGUUCCCUGCAUUUCCAUUUUUGCCCUCUUCGCUCCUCUCGUGUCACUGUUGCUACGCCCACACUUCAGUCCUACAGUAAAUGCGAUUCACAACUUUCCAUUAGGGUUUUAAUCAUCUCAACUACUAUACUGUUGUUUGAAAAAUUAAAAUAAAUAAACCCUCAACAUUUCCUAUUCAUUUGCUUUUCUUCUUGUAUUUUUUGAUUACCUUCCUUUUCCUAUCUUGGGAUUCACUUAAUAUUAGCUGUGCACUAUGAUAUUGUUUUAGGUUCUGUGUUUUAGUGUUGUUUUUGAAACAUGCCAAGAAUUGGUUAAGUGGUACUCUGCUGCUUACUUCUACUUCGGAGGGAAAAAGAAAUCCUAGGUUUGUGUUGUAUUGUUUAUGUUUUUUUCUCCACCAGCAAAGUUUCCCUCUCAUUUGUUGCCUCCAUUAGUGGUGUGGCAGUGUGUUGGGUUGGGUUGUUAGGUUUUGUAGGAAGAGUUUUCAAAGGGAAAGCUUAGGGUUGUAUGGGAGAGCAUGAGGGGUUGGCACAGCCACCAAGUGAGAUAUUGCCAAAUGGCUUGCUGCCGAAUGAGACCGCAUCGGUGAUGCGAGUGCUUGACAAGGAGCGAUGGUUAAAGGCCGAGGAAAAGACUGCAGAGCUAAUUGCCUGCAUUCAGCCUAAUCCGCCAUCUGAGGAGCGUCGCCAUGCAGUUGCAGACUAUGUGCAGCGGUUGAUAACGAAGUGCUUCCCUUGCCAGGUGUUCACCUUUGGGUCAGUACCCCUCAAAACUUAUUUACCUGAUGGAGAUAUUGACUUGACAGCAUUCAGUAAGAAUCAAACUCUGAAGGAUGCGUGGGUACGCCAAGUUCGUGACAUGCUGAUAAAUGAGGAAAAGGAUGAAAAUGCAGAGUUUCGUGUCAAAGAGGUUCAGUACAUCCAGGCUGAAGUGAAGAUUAUAAAGUGUCUUGUUGAGAAUAUUGUGGUAGACAUUUCAUUCAACCAGCUUGGAGGGUUGUGCACCCUUUGUUUUCUUGAGGAGGUUGAUAAUUUGAUUAACCAAAACCAUAUAUUCAAGCGUAGCAUUAUACUUAUAAAAGCUUGGUGUUACUAUGAGAGUCGUAUACUUGGUGCCCACCAUGGACUUAUCUCAACUUAUGCACUAGAAACUCUGGUUCUUUACAUAUUUCAUGUUUUCAACAAUUCCUUUGCUGGACCUCUUGAGGUAUUGUAUAGAUUUUUGGAGUUUUUUAGCAAGUUUGAUUGGGAUAAUUUCUGUGUAAGCCUAUGGGGUCCUGUACCCAUUAGUUCACUCCCAGAUGUGUCAGCUGAACCUCCUCGGAAAGAUGGUGGAGAUUUACUGCUCAGCAAAAUAUUUCUUGAUUCCUGCAGCUCAGUUUAUGCCGUUUUCCCUGGUGGCCAAGAAAAUCAGGGGCAAGCAUUUGCUUCCAAGCAUUUCAAUGUUAUUGAUCCUUUACGUGUCAACAAUAACCUUGGGCGUAGUGUCAGCAAAGGAAAUUUCUAUAGAAUACGCAGUGCUUUUUCAUUUGGGGCCAAAAGGCUUGCUAGAUUGCUUGAUUGCCCAAAGGAGGACUUGUUUUUGGAAGUCAAUCAGUUCUUCAUGAACACUUGGGUCAGACAUGGAACUGGGCAGCGACCUGAUGCUCCAAGUAAUGAAUUGUGGCGUUUGAGGUUAUCAAGUCAUGACCAAUUACAGGGGUCUGACAAUAUCCAAAAAAAUAGCAAAAAAAUUGAUGAUACCUAUAGUCAUGAAUUUCAAGUAAAAGGGGUGCAUGCUUCACAAAGUGUUCUAUCUCAGCACUGUAUUUUGUUCUCUGAAAGCUUAUCUAAGAGUAAUGAUGCUUCUACACGAUCACAUUCUUAUGCUUACCAAAAUAAUGCAAGGAAUUAUUAUCAGGUCAAAAGGGAAGUUAAUUGUAAUCAAGGUGCUCAUGUUGAUAAAGGACCGAGAAAUGUUAAACAAAAUAACCCAUUCAAUGAUGUUCCAGGAAGGCUUUUAUUUGCAAGAACAUGUUCUAGUCCUGAGUUGACAGACUCGUAUGGUGAAGUUCCUACUGAUGGAAGAAAUACAAGAGCCCCAGAGGGUAGUAAAGGCCCAACUUCUUCUGCAAAGUUGGAGAAUAGUCACAGGAAGCCUCUUGAUUCUGACAUGCCUGCUACUUAUGGUGUUAGAAUUGACGAUUCAUCCACUAGGCACAUCAUAUCUCGUCAAGUUAAUGAUAGUGCGGAUAAUUCAAACAAUGGCUCAAAUAGUUAUGAUGAUGAUGAAUCAGGCCAUGGUGUCAUGGGUGAAGCAUUUGCAUCUGUUGCUGGAGUAGCUAGAACACAUAUGACGCAUCAAGAGGAGCAGGACCUUUUGAAUAUGAUGACAUCUUCCACAGCUCAAGGUUUCACUGGUCAGGCUCACAUUCCAGUGAAUUUAGCUCCAGGUCACCUACCACUUCCAUUUUCACCUUCGAUUCUUGCAUCAAUGGGAUAUGCUCAGAGAAACUUGGGUAACACUCCCUUGAUUGAGGCUCCUUGGGUUACUAAUAUGCAAUUUCCCCAAGGUUUAGUCUCUUCACCAUAUUUCCCUGGCAUAGGAUUGACUUCAAAUCCUGAAGAUUUAAUUGAAACUGGUAACAAAAAUUUCAACCCUGUUGAAACAAGUUUAGCAGAAGCUGAUAACAAUUUCUGGCAUGAGCAAGAAAGGGCUUCUGCUAAGGGGGUUGAAGUUGAUAAUGGAAAUUUUGAAAUGCUUCCAGAAGAUAAGCAACAGUCAACUUCUGGUGGUUAUAACUUUAUACCACCAUCUCAUGCUGACAGAUCUAGUAAUGCUGCUAGACUUCAGCAGACAUUUACUGAAGAAAACCAAGGUUCAACCAGAGAGGAGCACAUUGGUAGUCCACUGUAUCAAGAUGGCAGAGGAAAUGGUGCUUAUUUUGAUGAUAGAAUAGCAAAUCCUAGAUUUCCCAGUGCACCACCUUCAAAUUCCUUCAGGAAUAAGACAUCUUCUGAAAGCUCUUGGGAGGGAUCGUCAGCUAAAUCUUCAAAAUCAACUAGGGAAAAAAGAGGGAAGAAGAAUAAUACUUCAUCGGUGCCAUCUGCUGUUUACGGAAAGGGCAAUAAUGAUUCAUAUAUCUCAUCUAAUCUAGUGGAUGAUGAAAACAGACGAUGGACUCCUUUGUUAACUACAGCAUCUGAUAUGUCCGAAAGAAGUGCUGGGCCUCUGGCUGUUGCUCCCAUGCCUGUUCCAAGACAGCAAGUAUCAGGUUUUGAAGUGGCUCCAACAAGCGGAUCAGAUUCUGUGUUACCCAUGGCACCGGUGCUUAUAGGUCAUGGUUCUCGCCAAAGAACAGUUGAUACUUCUGGGGUUGUUCCAUUUGCAUUCUAUCCCACAGGACCACCAAUACCAUUUGUUACUAUGCUUCCAUUAUAUGAUGUUCCUACAUCAGCAAGCAUCUUCAAUGCGGAAGAAGAUGCAGAUAACAGUGACUGUCGUCAGAAUUAUGAUCCAUCUGAGGUGUAUGACCAGCCUGAAGUGUUGAGCUCUUCCAGUUCUAUGAGAAGAGCUUCUAUUGACUCGUCAGAGCCCAAACCUGACAUUCUUAAUGGUGACUUUGUUAGCCAUUGGCAAAAUUUGCAGUAUGGGCGAUUUUGUCAAAAUUCAAGCCAUCCUCAUUCAGUUAUCUAUCCUUCUUCUAUUAUGGUGCCUCCUGUUUAUAUGCAGGGUCAUUUUCCAUGGGAUGGUCCUGGAAGACCACAGUCAGCUAAUAUGAAUCUUCUCACUCAGCUCAUGAGCUAUGGGCCACACCUUGUACCUGUUGCUCCUCUCCAUUCAGUUUCUAACAGACCAGCCAAUAUUUACCAACGUUUUGUAGAGGAAAUACCACGGUAUCGAAGUGGAACAGGAACCUACCUGCCAAAUCCUAAGGUUUCUGUUCGGGAUCGACAUUCUACAAGUACCAGAAGAGGUAAUCACAACUAUGACAGAAGUGACCAACAUGGUGACAGAGAAGGGAAUUGGAAUAAUAAUUCGAAGUUGCGAACAAGUGGGCGUAACCAUAACCGCAAUCAAACUGAGAAGUCUAGCUCAAGGCCAGAGAAGUUGGCAACAAGUGAGAGCCACGCUGAAAGACCAUGGGGUUCACAUAGACAUGACUCUUUUGUUUCUCACCACAAUCAGAAUGGUCCUGUCCGGUUAAAUUCCUCACAAAACAGUCCAGCAAAUGUGGCUUAUGGAAUGUACCCUCUACCCGGCGUGCCCUCCAGUGGGAUCUCAUCAAAUGGACCAACAAUUCCACCUGUUGUAAUGUUGUAUCCUUAUGAUCAUACCUCACCAGCGGAACAACUCGAGUUUGGAACUCUGGGACCUAUGGGUUUGCCAGCUGUCAACGAACUAUCACAGCUGAAUGAGGGAAGCCAAUCUGGUGGUGCAUUUGAGGAGCAAAGGUUUAAUGAUGGUACUGCUCAGCAAUCCUCACCAGAUCAACCCUCUUCACCGAGGGGGCUUUGAUUCUAUCACCAGAUCACUGGUCAGGUGGAAAUAUUAACUGAAAGAGGAGGAUUAACUCCCCUUGCUUAUCAAGACAACCAGGCAGGGAAUGUAAGUGGGAAAAACUAUGAUGUGAAACCCGCCUAUGUCAACACAUUCUUUUUCUCACCUCCCUUGAAAGGACAGAACUUUUGGUCUUUACUGAUUCUUUCUCAGGAAUGCCCUGCCUCUUGCUUGUACACUUAAAGGUGAUCAACCCACUUCCGUUACAUUUUUCCAUCCAAGAAUUAAAACUUUAUUUUAGGAUGAGGAACAUUAGUGGCAAAGAUGAUGCAGUAGUCGGUGAUUAGUUUCCAUUCAAGGUUUGGACACAGUUGUAACCCAAUCAAAUCACAAAACUGGCUUAGAUUCAAAGUUCAGAAAUUUCACCAUGUUAACAGUUUUGUCAGCUUCUCCAGUGUAGAUGGUCUGUGGUAGAUAUUUCUUGAACUUUUGAAAAUUGUUAACUGUGUAUCAAUAACAAUAUCAGAAAAUAAUAUUAGAUGUCAUUUUUAUCUGG